GCUCGUCACGGAACGUUUUGUUGUAGGAAAUUUCUGUAAUUUUAAUUCAAUAACUAGCUUUAACUACGAAAUGUUUCUUUUUAAUCAAUUUCUUUUCUAUUUCUUAAUUUUUCCUGAUUUUUCCUUACUAUCUUGUGAAGUGUAGGAAAUGACAUUUCCUGUAUUUACAAUAGCUUUGAUACAUUGAAAAUUUUCUUAAUAUUUACGUAUAAUUCGGUUCGAAAACCUUGUUGCUUUUCGUGAUGGAUAAGGGUGUGACUUGUGAGCAUCUUAAUAAAUUGGUUGAUGUACUCGGGAAGGAAUUAUGGCAAUCGAGCGAGGAGCUGACAUGUUUUGACUGUGGUGCCCCUGGACCCAAUCUCUGGAUAUGCCUGCAACCUGACUGCCGUCACAUUGGCUGCUCUGAAGUCAAAAAUGACCACAGUACAAUACAUCAAAGGAACUAUCCCUCGCAUUGUGUGCAUAUGAACAUUUCGACAGAGAGAAUAUGGUGUUACUUGUGCGAGAAAGAGGUACACAUCAGAGCGGCCGUUGCACACGCGGCGAUGUGCCCGGACUCGACGACGUUAGACCCCUCUAUCGGCGCGAGGCUCGGCAGCUUCGGCAUCAGCGCGCGAGAUGAUGACCUGGAUCCUGAUGAUAUGGAUUACGAUGAUGAAACGCAGUCUAGAGCAGGUCUAGUGGGUCUUCAGAACAUGGGCAACACGUGUUAUAUGAACGCGGCACUGCAGGCUCUGAGCAAUUCGCAGCCGUUUACUUCGUAUUUUUUGGAAUGCGCGGCGGCAGUGACUGUCUUAGCGGGCGAUAAGAAACCGGGAUUAAGCAGAGCAUACCAAAAAUUAAUUAAAGAAAUGUGGAGUAAGAAAACUAGAGGCUAUCUUGUACCUAAUGGUAUAUUAUAUGGUAUACGAAAUGUAUACCCUAUGUUCCGCGGCUACCAUCAGCAUGAUACGCAGGAGUUUCUGCGCUGCUUCAUGGACCAGCUGCAUGAAGAGCUCAAAGAACCGAUGUGGGAUACAAGAGAGGAAGCGCUGUGCUCGGAGGCGGAUGGUGACCACCAGGAGAGCAGGAGUCUGCACGUGCGUCGCAGAGCCGCCUCCUCGGGGGCUAGUGACGCGCCGUACUUCGCGCGCUCGCGUCGCAAGUCUCCCUGCAGUGAGGGCAGACCUGCGGGAUAUACUAGAGUGCAAUCAAAUUCAGAGGGCGAAAACUCUCGUCAUAAAAGGUCUGCGAGCUUCGCGGGUACACAUCAGUUCACGUACAACGCAUUGACUUAUCAAAUUAAUGGUGCAGAUUCAUCACAACGCGAUGUAGGUUCUGAAUCAGAGUUAUCAUGUUCAAGUGAAGCUGACGAGAGAUACGAGACAUGCUCCAGCGGCGGCAGCGACGCUCCAGAGCCGAGGAUAGACCCACCAGAGAGCAAGUGUGUGGUGGGUGCGGGCGGGGGUGACGGCGGGCGGGGCGGGGCAAGGUACCGCAGCAUCGUCUCUGACGUGUUUGAUGGCAAACUGCUCUCCUCCGUACAGUGUCUCAUCUGCGAUAGGGUAUCGACGCGUGUGGAAACAUUCCAAGAUCUAUCUCUGCCGAUACCAUCGCGGGAACAUCUCGCGGUGUUGAGAUGUCAGCAGCCCAUACUGAACCAUCAUGUGCCCCAUAACUCUCAAGAGUCCUGGGUAUGGUGGGUACUGAGCUGGCUAAGGUCGUGGUUCUACGGCCCUGUUGUCUCGCUGCAGGACUGUCUCGCCGCGUUCUUCAGUGCGGACGAACUCAAGGGCGAUAAUAUGUACAGCUGUUCCCGCUGUAAUAAGCUUCGUAACGGUGUGAAGAUGUCGGGUGUGGUGCGUCUGCCUGAAGUCCUAUGUGUACAUCUGAAGAGAUUCAGACAUGAACUCAUGUUUAGUGCAAAAGUCGCUGCCAGAGUAUCAUUUCCGAUCAAUGAUUUAAAUAUGGCGCCCUAUACACAUAAAGAAUGCACAUCUCGCGUGUCACGGUACGCCCUGAGCGCGGUGAUAUGUCACGCGGGUACUGCGGGCGGGGGGCACUACACCUGCGUGGCGCGCACCGCCACCGGCUGGCACGCAUUCGACGACGCCGCUGUCACACCCGUGCCCCCACAUCAUCUACACUCCUGUGAAGCCUACGUCCUAUUCUACAGGAAAGUUAAUCCGCAGAUGACAGUGCUACGACAAAAGGCCUCGGAAAUAUUGGAAUCUACGAAUGUAGAGCCUAACGACAUCAAGUUUUAUAUUUCAAAGCAGUGGCUUAACAAAUUCAACACAUGGGCUGAACCUGGUCCUAUUGAUAAUGGGGACUUUGUAUGUGUACACGGUGGAGUGCGGCCUGAGCGCGCGGAGCAGCUGCCAGCACUUGCUGCAGUACUACCGCAGCCGUUGUGGCAAUUCCUGCAUAACCAGUUCGGUGGCGGUCCGGCAGUGUCGCACGCGCACGAGUGCGGCGUCUGCGCACGCGCACAGCAACGUCUGCGUGUGCGCCGAGCGCGGGAACUAGCUGCCUUCGCUGAUCUACAUACACUAUUCCAAGAGCAGGAACACCCGUGUUCAAUCUACGCGAUCAGUAUGCAGUGGUUCAGACUGUGGCAGGGCUUCGUGCGCAGCCGCUCCCCCCUGCCGCCGCCACCCCCGCCAGUCGACAACACUAACAUCGUCAUAGCACAGGAAAUGGACGGCAUAACAACAUAUUUAUUAAAACCCGGUUCAGAUCACGCGCAACUCAGCGAAGAAUUGUGGAGAUUCUUUACCGGUAUAUACGGCGGUGGUCCGGAGGUCCGGCUGCGGUCUCCACCAAUCCACACCCACCAGCCACAGUACUCGGAGACCAGAGACCAAAGAGACCAGAGAGACCAUACAUUCACAAGAAGACUAUCAAGAAAAUAUUCCGAAUCAGAUCAUGAGGAAUACUGCACCAAAUCAACAUCAGAAAUGAAUAUAAGAGAUUCAAUCCACAAUGAAUUACAGAAGAAUCAAUCUCUACAAAAUAUUAACCGAAGGUACAGAGUAAGAUCAACAGCAGAAUCAGACGAGGAAGUUAGGUACAAAAGUUAUACGAAACGUCACGAAACUAAUGGAAAUUGUGAUGAUUCUGAUGAAGAUAUGGAUACUCAGCCUUAUGGGAAUACGAUACGUAUGGAGAACGGUAUUGAUAGUUCAGAUCAUGACACUUAUGAUCCAGUGUGUAAAACGGACAAACCGACAGAGAAUGAUUUAAAAGUUGAUAGUAUAAAGAAUAGGAAGUCUGGUAAAGUGAGAAAGACAAGACGAAGGACGGUUAAAUGAUUUCUUUUGAUAUAUCAAUUCGUUCACAGGUUACGCAGGCUCGCUGGUGACGGAGUAUAGUACGACUAACUUAAUUGACCCGGUGUUAAUGUUAAAAGUUUUAAGAUCCUUGUAAUGUAGAUUUGUCAUGUCUUUGUCAUUUUUUAUGCCUAAAUAUGUAUUGUUAAUCGAUAAACUUGUCGUGACCCGGUAAGCGUAAGUAGCUCACUAGCGCCAUUUAUCAAUGUGAAUUAAGUUAAGCCAUUUACCCCCAGAUCUAUUCACCCAAGUUAUACAUGUCCAAGUAUACCCCCAAUGAGAAAUUAAACAUUCUGUAUAAUUUCAAUUCAUUGCUUUUAUUAUUAUCUAUAAUAUAAAAGUGAUUCGCAAAAUGUGUUGGUAAGCGCAUAACUCAACAACGCCUGGACUAAUUUGGCCAAUUCUUUUUUUUUUAUAUUCGUUGAAGAUCAAAGAUGGUUUUUACGGCGAGAAAAUAUGUAUGAUUGCCGGGAACUAACUUUUAUUUCAUUCCACGCGGACGAAGUCGCGGUUGACAGCUAGUCAUAAAUA